CCGGGCUGAGACAGGAAAUGGGACAUCCGGAAGUGAACCCGGCAGGGGGCGGGGUGUGACCUUUGACCCCGCGCACGCGGAGGGCGGAAGCGGCGGCGGCGCACGCGGGAGCAUGGAGGACACGGAGCAGCCCCUGGAGCUCCAGAGCGACGAGGAGCUGACGGACAGUGAGGAGAGCGUUUAUUCGGGGCUGGAGGACUCCGGCAGCGACAGCACCAACAGCAGCGACCAGGAGGAGGAGGAGGAUGAAGAGGAUGAAGAGGAGUCGGAGGAGCCCGGCAAUGGGGCAGACCCCCAGGGUCCCAGGAAGAGCAAAGCCCUGGGGGCUGAGCCCCCUCUGAAGGACAGCGAGGGUCUGAGCGUUCCGGAUGAGUACGAGGAGGACAGCUCGGAUGAGGAGGACAUCCGCAACACGGUGGGCAACAUCCCCAUGGAGUGGUACCAGGACUUCCCACACAUCGGCUACGACCUGGAGGGCAAGAGGAUCUACAAACCCAUCCGCAACAAGGACGAGCUGGACAAGUUCCUGGAGAAGAUGGAGAACCCCGACUACUGGCGAACGGUGCAGGACAAGAUGACGGGCGCGGACAUCAAGCUGACGGACGAGCAGGUGGAGCUGGUGCAUCGUCUGCAGAGGGGGCAGUUUGGGGACGUGCACUUCAACCCCUACGAGCCGGCCAUCGACUUCUUCACCCACGAGGUGAUGAUCCACCCGGUGACCAACCGCCCGGCGGACAAACGGAGCUUCAUCCCGUCCCUCGUUGAGAAGGAGAAGGUCUCCCGGCUGGUCCACGCCAUCAAGAUGGGCUGGAUCAAACCCCGCCGUCCCAAGGAGGAGACCCCAACCUACUACGACCUGUGGGCCCACGAGGACCCCAACUCCAUCCUGGGCCGACACAAGAUGCACGUCCCGGCCCCAAAGAUGAAGCUGCCGGGGCACGAGGAGUCCUACAACCCCCCGCCCGAGUACCUGCUCAGUGAGGAGGAGAAGCUGGCCUGGGAGCAGCAGGAUCCCGUUGAUCGCCGUCUGAGCUUCAUUCCCCAGCAGUUCCGCUGCCUGCGGGCAGUGCCCGCCUACCCACGAUUCAUCCACGAGAGAUUCGAGCGCUGCCUCGACCUCUACCUGUGCCCACGGCAGAGGAAGAUGAGGGUGAACGUGGACCCCGAGGAUCUGAUCCCGAAGCUGCCGAAGCCGCGGGACCUGCAGCCCUUCCCCACCACUCAAGCACUGGUGUAUCGUGGGCACAGCAGCCUGGUGCGCUGCAUCAGCGUGUCCCCCAGCGGGCAGUGGUUGGCAUCAGGUACGGCCCCGCUCCGUGCAUCGCAUCCAAAUACUUUAAGUGCUGCUCCAGCCCCGGGGCUCUGCACGUGUCAGAGCUGUCAAUGGGGGGAGGGCUGGGGGGGAGCCCGGGCUGGGAUCCAUGGACCCAUGACCACCCCUCUCUGCUGCCCACAGGCCCUGAAGCAGGUGACCUGGCACGGGAAGGGCGAUUACUUUGCCACCGUCGUGGCUGACAACAGCAGCAUGCAAGUGCUGAUCCACCAGACCAGCAAGCGUUGGAGCCAGAACCCCUUCCGCAAGAGCAAAGGGCUGGUGCAGUGCGUCCUCUUCCACCCCAUCCGGCCCUACUUCUUCGUGGCCACGCAGCGCUACGUCCGCAUCUACAACCUCCUCAAGCAGGAGCUCACCAAGAAGCUGAUGGCCAACUGCAAAUGGGUGUCCAGCAUGGCCAUCCACCCCGCAGGUGACAACGUCAUCUGCGGCAGCUAUGACAGCAAGCUGGCCUGGUUCGACCUGGACCUCUCGACCCGGCCCUACCAGCUGCUGCGGCACCACAGGAGGGCACUGAGGAGCGUGGCCUUCCACAAGCACUACCCGCUCUUCGCCUCGGGCUCAGACGAUGGGACCGUCAUUGUGUGCCAUGGCAUGGUCUACAACGACCUGCUGCAGAACCCGCUGCUGGUGCCGGUGAAGGUGCUGAAGGGCCACGCGCUGACCAUGGACCUGGGAGUCCUCGACGUCGUCUUCCACCCCACACAGCCCUGGGUUUUCUCCUCCGGCGCCGACGGCACCAUCCGGCUCUACACGUAGCAGCUGCCCAAUACCAGCACCCCAAGGACACCGACACCCCAAUGACACCGACAUCCCAAUGACACUGACACCCCAAUGACACUGACACACCAAUGACACCGACACCCCAACGACACCGACACCCCAUCGACAAUGACACCCCAAUGACACUGACAGCCUAACGACACCGACACCCCAACGACACCAACACCACAAUGACAUUGACACCCCAACAACACCGACACCCCAAUGACACCGACACCACAAUGACACCGACACCCCAACGACACCGACACCCCAACGACACCGACACCCCAAAGACACCGACACCCCAAUGACACCGACACCCCAAAGACACCGACAUCCCAAUGACACCGACACCCCAGUGACACCGACACACCAAUGACACCGACACCACAAUGACACCGACACCACAAUGACACCGACACCCCAACGACACCGACACCCCAACGACACCGACACC